CUUGUCCCCACAGGGCUCUGGGCGGCCGUGACCCUGCUGGAGUGCGGGGGGGACCUCCAGCCCCCCGGGGGGUCCCUGCGCCUCCUCUGCCAAGGGGCUGGGUUCGAUUUUGGGAGAUUUGGGAUGGGCUGGAUCCGCCAGAGAGCCGGGCAGGGGCUGGAGUGGGUCGCAGGGAUCCACAGCGAUGGUUCCAGAACCUUCUACGCGCCGUCGCUCCAGGGCCGGGUCAGGAUCGCCAGGGACAACGGGCAGAGCUCGGUGACGCUGACCAUGACCGACCUCCGGGACGAGGAUUCCGGAUCCUAUUUCUGUGCCAAGGGUGCUGCUGCUGCUGGUGAUGCUGCGAAUUAUGUUGACGAUGCCGGUGGAGGCCCCGCCCCCAUCUCACUCUGCCCACCAGUAUCCCCAAAUUCCCACUUCCUGUCCCAAUCUUUACUCUUGGCACCCAAUCUUGACCAUUUCCCCCCAGACUCCCCCAUCAUUGCCUCACCUCUCACAUUUCUCUGCAGCUUCGAGCGUUUGACCCAAAUCUCAAAGUUUCACCCCCAAAACUCUGCCUUUCCUGCCCCAGAUCUCAGCGGGGUCACUUGUGACCGUCGGCCCCAAACUCGGCUGGUUCUGCCCCAAUCUCAGCUCCUGGCACCGACGCUCAGCUCUUGGCGCCCAGUCUCAACCACGGCCCCCAAACCUGGGAGCAAAUGGUGGAGAUUUGGGGCCAAAAGGGCCAGAUUUGGGUCCGUGGGGGUCAGGACUGGGGUCAAGGGGGCCGUGACCCUGCUGGAGUGCGGGGGGGACCUCCAGCCCCCCGGGGGGUCCCUGCGCCUCCUCUGCCGAGGGGCCGGGUUCGAUUUCGGGAGUUUUGGACUGAGCUGGUUUCGCCAGAGAGCUGGGCAGACUCUGGAGUGGCUCGCAGGGAUCAAGAAGGAUGGCAGCGCCUACUACCCGCCAUCGGUGCAGGGCCGGGUCACGAUCUCCAGGGACAACGGGCAGAGCUCGGUGACGCUGACCAUGACCGACCUCCGGGACGAGGAUUCCGGCGUCUAUUUCUGUGGGAAAUCUUCUAAUACUGGUGCUGGUGGUGCUGCUGGUAUUGAUGAUGCCCGUGACCAUUGA